AUGACGUUAAAUAUUGCCACCGCAUUGGCCCCCAAUGAGACGGUCGUAGUAAGCACAGCAGUGGGAAGUAUACGUGGUGCCAUACGUAUUGUUGCUGAAGGCAGACAAGUGUAUAGCUUCACCGGCAUACCUUACGCUGAACCACCGCUCGGAGAAUUACGGUACAGGAAACCACAGCCGUCAACACCUUGGGGUGAUGAAGUGCUCGACGCUACGAAGACGCCACCAUCUUGCAUGCAAAUCAGCGUGUUCUCUCCAAGGCAUCUGAUUUGGGUUCCCUAUGACACACCGAAGAGCGAGGAUUGCCUCUACCUUAACAUAUGGACACCGCAGCUGGACUCGUCGGUCCACCUACCAGUGAUGGCAUGGCUACACGGGGGAAAAUUUCAAGUUGGCUCUGCUGCAAUGCGGCUCGACGACGGCGGCAAUUUGGCUGCCCUCGGGCAGGUCGUCGUGGUCACCAUUGCCUACAGGCUGCAGUCAUACGGCUUCCUGUAUGAUGGAACAGAAAGCGCUCCAGGUAACCAAGGUCUUCAUGACCAGGUAUUGGCACUGAAGUGGAUACAAGAGAACAUCGAGGUAUUUGGAGGUGACCCACGUUCUGUGACUUUGUUCGGAUGGAGCGCUGGCGGAGCAUCAAUCGGUUUGCACCUUCUAUCCCCAGGAAGUCAGAAUCUUUUCAGGAGAGCGAUUAUUCAAAGUGCCGGCGUUGCAAACAGUAAUCAUGCACAAAGCACGUCGACGAUGCUGGAUUAUACAAAACAAUUCGCAAGGACACUGGGUUGCUACAACGCAAGUUCUGAAGGAAACUUUUCCUCAAAGAGCGUAGCUUGCCUUCGAGGUCUCAAUGCAAAACUGAUCGCUUCAGUUGAAGAGACUUUCGUUGAUGAAGGGAAGGGUAAGUUUGAGCCCAUUUACGGAGAUGAAUUCCUGCCCGUAAGAAACAGCGAAGCUUCCUUUCCAGGAGACAAAGACGUUAUGAUGGGCUACGUGGCAAAUGAAGGAAGUAUUUUGAUUUACACUGCCUUCAGAGAUACUUUCUCUCUUGUACUGCCACCGCGAAAUAUCAACAAGGCUGAAAUGAUUCACUACUUAGGAACCCUCUAUAGUAAGCUACCUCUUUCGGAUGUGUUGAAGCUUCAAAGCAAGUACAUGGACAAUAUUUCGGACUUUGACUAUGACCGACUGCGCGAAGCCAUGGUUCAAACGAAAAGUGACACCCAGGUGGUUUGCGGUACAUCUAUUACGGCUUCUAAACUUUCCAAUGCAAUGGCGACGGGGAACACGGAUCAUGGUGUUUACGUUUACGAAAUGGACUACGUGUCUCGCUGCAACAAAAGACGUCCAUGGUUUGGUAUGACACACGGGGAUGAGACACCCCUUGAGUUUGGGAGACCCUUUGAUGCCGACUAUGGUUGCUUGGAUGACAUUCCGUUCAGUAGGAAAGUCGUCAACGUAUGGACCGACUUUGCUAAAGGAAGAGCACCAUCUGGGCCAUGCGGAUCUGAGUGGCCGAAGUUUCAACCAGAUACUAUGAAAUUUCUUAAGAUCACUGCACAGAAAAGUGAGGUCUACAACUUUGAUCAUGAAGCACUCUGUGCUUUCCUUAAAGAUCUUCAAUUGUAUUAGA